UAUUAUUGAAGAAACACCAUGAUGAAUUAUGACGAAGUUAUUGAUUUUUAAUAGUUCGUUUUCUUGUCGCUAGUUGCUAAUUGUUGACGGUCCCUGGGCACUGUCCUCUCGUCAGCUCUUCAUAAGAAACGUCAAAUUCAUCGGUCCGAUUACGAGUGGGUGUGUUAAAAAUCAUCCCAAAUCAAGUUGUAGCUAAUUGGCUACAUCACUGUGAUUAGACAGAAGCAUUCUUUGUAUUUUAAUUAUGCUUAGUUUUUCCUUUAUUGGACCGACGACUCCGAAUGUGCCAAUCUGUUGCAUAUUUUACCGGGCUUGAGCAGCACGGUGGUAGCCACGGCGACGGGACGACAACAGAAAAAGUCAAUUGAAAGCCGCUAAGCUAACGAAGCUCAAGACACGACGAUUUUUGGACCAGGCUGCCAUUUUGGUGAUGCACUCGAAGGGCAAACAAGUCAGUCAAAUAACAGGUGAAGUGAUGGAGAUGCUGGUGGAGUCCAAUGAGGAGCAAGCAGAAAACGGAAAUGAGCAAGUGCAAGAACCAAUACAUGUCUCAGCUGCGAGUGAUUUCCUGUCCAGUCCACUCCUUCCUGAGUCAUACAAGUGUAAUUCCGUGGAGGAAGUCCGGCUGCUGGCCAUUGCCGACAACUUCCAGCGUCAGUAUUGUCUUUUGUGUCCCGAACGCAAAUCACUGCUGCUCUGCCCCAUCAAUGAAUGCGGCAUCCAGAAGUUUGUUUCAACCACUCUGCGCCCCACCAUGACAAGCCAUCCCGGGCUGCUCAAUUGGGAAGGAUGUGCUUCGUUUGUGGCCGAUUUCCUAUCUCUGAAUCCUUUGGAGCCACCCGGAGAGCUUCCCAGGUUCUUGUUCUCUGCCACCUCGGUGUUACGUAGUCAAACAGCGACAUGUUUCGAGUAUGCCGCAUUACUGUGCAGUCUGCUGCUGGGCGCCAACUACGACGCUUACUGUGUUAGUGGCUAUGCUAGCAAGGAGAUGUGUCUGCUAGACCAAAGACUGCAAGACUGCCCCCUGCUGGAUGCCCAGUCAAAGGCUGCAGCCUCUGACUUGCCGGCCGACAUUGAGCCUGGGUUGAGAUUUCAGCGCGAGCCCAAGAGUCGUUUCUUGACGCAACAGGCCAAGAAGAAACAGCAAGAGGCCGAAGCCAAAGCCAAGCAACAGGAGGAGAUUCCGCAGCCACCUGCCGACCCCCUGCAGGGUUUGCGGGUCCACUGUUGGGUACUGGUGUUGGCUGGGUGCCGCAGCAUCCAGGAAAACUUCUUUGUUGACCCGCUAACAGGAAGGAGCUACAGCACCACGUCUGUGCAUUUUCUGGGCGUCGAGAGUGUGUGGAACAACCUGAACUACUAUGUCAACAUGCAGGACUGCAAGGACGGCUGUGCUGAGCUGCUAUAUGACCUGCAUGACAUCAAAUUGUGGGAGCCCGUCCUGUUUGGUGUCAUCAGUAAAAGACAACUGAGCAUAAACCUCCUCAAGAGGAAAGAGAUGAAAAUGAUGGGCAUGACUUGGGAGGAAGAAGAGGAAGAGGAGGCCCGUGUCUUUGAGAUGCCAAGAUCCUGGGUCACUUCAAUUAACAUUUCCAAACAAGACUUGGAGACUCGUUGGCCAGGAGGCAGGAAGUUGACUCGCUACAAGAAAGCAGAACUGGAGAGGUUUGCACCUUCCCUACGAUUGGACGGUCUGGUAACCCGACUGAGCAUCUACAAGGACCUGGACUGUACAGAGGUUUUGACAGUCAAGGAGUGGUACCAGGACAGAAAUGACCACCUAAGUGAGCGAGAAGUCAACAAACUGACAGGCAUCACCACUGAGCGCUUUAUACCUGGACGACAUUUUCACCUCUUAUUUCACAGAUUCACAUCCGCUCAAACAGAUGGCGUUGAGCACGAAAUGGAAUUCAGUGGCGCUCGUGUGGACGGGCUCGUGCGGCGCGUGGAUACACCGGAGGAAAUGACUGAGAACUUUAAAGGCCGUGAGGACUUCCUCUACUACAGACAAGUCAUCUUCGAUAGCGACAUCCAGUUGCCAGAGGAAAGCACCGGCUCAGAGCCAGAAGAGAGACCUCUCCUGCAAGUGUUGGAGCGUUUCCACAGAAAUCCAAAUAAGGAUGCGAAUGACGAUGUUGCUGAGCGAGUGUUUGUGGCUUCGCAAAGAAGGAUAGAGGUGAAAUACCAUCUGGAGGAGCAGCGCUUCGUGCCGUGCAGGAGGACCUUCAUCAAGCCGCGAGAGUCAAAGGACCAGCAACACAAGGCCGAGGACUUCAGGGCUGACAUGGUUUCCGGCUUCCACGUGGAUCCUGCCCAAAAGCCCCUCAACACACUGGCUCUCUACGACCUUCUCUCAGACCUUGUCAAAGCUGAGAAGGACGUGGCUCUCCAGAUCAAGAGCUCCAAGAAAGAGGUACGAGACAUUGUGGUCUGCAGGGAGCAGGAGGAGGCCGACAUUCUUCUUCACUUCUCACCGUGGACCACCACUGGCACUGCCAAAGCAUGCAAUCUCCGAGAGGAAAUGGAGCGCGUGGCUGCCGAGGAACAGCGGUGGUUGCAGGAGAAGGAAAACGACUUCCUGGCUCCAUCCCUCAGCCAACUGUGUGACAUUGAAAUUGUGAAUGCUGAUGAUGCACAGCGGAUAUACAACGAGAGCCUGACAGAUUUCAAGAAUUGCAUCAUGGCACAGGCACAACUUAUCCAAGAACGUCACGACCAGGCGACACAGGUACUACAGAAUAAACAAGAACAUUACCAGGAGAACCAGCAGAACAUGAGUCACCAAGAGUUGAAGGAGUAUCAGGCCUACUGCGCCCAGCACAUUUUUCAGAUACACAUCGCCCAGAAGCGCCUCAGCAUGCACAAGAGAUCAGCAGCUCAAAGGUACCGUGCACUGGACCAAAGACUCAAACAAGAUCCCAGGCUGGCCCCUUACCUACUCAACUGAAUGCACACACACACACACACACACACACACACACACACACACACACACACACACGCACACACACACACGCACACACAGAAUGUGUCAUUUAAUGUUAUUGAGUGAUUAAAGCAAGAAAAAUGUAUGGGUUUCGAAGUUCAUGAGUCUAAAGACAGUAACCUGAUUCCAGCCUCCGAAGCUCAUCUUACUAGUUUGCAGCAUGAAAGUUUUUUGAUGUGUCUGUCAUGGCCACACUCAGAAAAACUUUCAAGGAGCCCUGUUUGAAAAGACAUGAGAAUUCUGACAUUUCAUUUUUAGCGGCCACUUUAGGGUCAGAAAUUUGUAGGUGCAAUAAUUCCGCAGCUGGCACGCUGAGUUCCUUUCCUUUCCACUUCAAUCAAACACCAGAGCCCAUUAAUCACUGCUUACAACUUUAACCUUUUCAUUGGUAAGAUCUGAAAAAUCCUGAUCGACAAAAACAAUUGUUUGGCAAGUUAUUUGUGUUUUGACUUAGUGCCAAGUUGGCACUGUGGCAUUAUCUCGAUACACACGCACUUGUACUAUUGCUUCCCAGGAAUGCGUUCACCUUGAGACCAGUUUUUGAAUGAUACUCCAAAACAAUGUUGUCAUGGUUACAAACCAAAACAACUGCAUCUGUCUGUUUUCAGUUAAACACUCCUCUUGCCUAAAUUGUCCUGGAUCCAUUUACUAGAUGGAGAUUUUUCAACACUCUUUCACAGGUUUUUUUGUGGAGUGUUAUCAAAUAAAUAAAUAAAUGAGAGAGUAUGACCUCA